GCGCAGGCGCGGAGCCGUUGCCGGCCGAGGGGUUACGGACCGAGCAGUUUCGCCAGGGGGCAGUCUGGGCUGUGCGCGUUCAGAGGCCGGCCGGGCAGCUCCGCCCAGCCUGAAGCUCCGGCGUCCACCUCCUGCGGCGUCCUCGGGUCCGUCGCCAUGAACCCUGCCGUCGUCGUGGUCCACGGUGGCGGAGCCAGCAAUAUCUCCAAGGACCGGAGAGAGCGGGUUCGCCAGGGCAUCGUCAAAGCCGCCACCGUGGGUUACCGCAUCCUCAAGGAGGAGGGGAGCGCCGUUGACGCUGUGGAAGGAGCCGUGACCGUCCUGGAAGACGAUCCCGAGUUCAACGCAGGUUGUGGAUCUGUCUUAAAUGAAAAUGGUGAAGUUGAAAUGGAUGCCAGUAUCAUGAAUGGGAAAGACCUGUCUGCAGGAGCAGUGUCUGCAGUCCGCUGUGUUGCAAAUCCCAUUAAAAUUGCGAGGCUUGUUAUGGAAAAGACACCUCAUUGCUUUCUGACUGACCAAGGUGCAGUACAAUUUGCAGCAGCCAAUGGAAUUCCAACAAUUCCUGGAGAACAACUGGUAACAGAAAGAAACAAAAAACGUCUAGAAAAAGAAAAGCAAGAGAAAGGUGCUCAGAAGUCGGACUGUCAAAAAAACUUGGGGACUGUGGGUGCUGUUGCUGUGGACUGCCGAGGAAACGUGGCCUACGCGACCUCCACAGGGGGCAUCGUCAACAAGAUGCUGGGCCGCGUCGGGGACACGCCGUGUAUAGGAUCUGGAGGCUACGCUGACAAUGACAUCGGAGCCAUUUCAACGACGGGGCACGGGGAGAGCAUCCUGAAGGUGAAUCUGGCCAGACUCACUCUCUUCCACAUAGAACAGGGAAAGACAUUAGAAGAGGCUGCUGACGCGUCAUUGGGUUAUAUGAAGUCAAAGGUCAAGGGUGUAGGUGGUGUCAUCUUGGUCAACAAAGCAGGAGAGUGGGCGGUGAAGUGGACCUCCACAUCCAUGCCCUGGGCGGCCGCGAAGGACGGCAAGCUGCACUCUGGAAUUGACAUUGGCGACACCAAGGUCACUGACCUGCCCUAAGCCCCCGGAAGCUGUAUGCUAGAAGCUAGCUUGAAGAGCACAGUUGUCCAAAAAGACACAUGCUAGCAAAUGCCCCACAGAGCCCAUCAAAACGUCUGACUCUUAAAUCAGUGCCGCCUGCUCUGCACCUGCUGUGGGGCCAGCAGCUCCUUCCAGCCGGGAAGAGGGUGACAUCGUACUGAGCACGUGGGGGCCCAGAGCCGAGAGCAGGUGGGUGUCUGC